CACCAACUCUCGCGAGAGUUGCCGCGGCUGAGAUCCCGGGAGCGGAGCAGAGGAAGUUGACAUGUCAACAAAGAUGAUGAAUUAUCAGCGCACAGGCAUGUAAAGGGUGUGCUGGUGUGGAAUGGCCUGACGGGGAACUUCACCUGGACCUAAACCUUCUCCCGCUUCACAUUCACCUUCUGCCUCCAUGACGACCCCUCCUCUAGUAUCACCUUUUGGCGCACAGCCGCCGCCGCAGCAGCAACAAGCACAAGCAGCACGUGAUGUCAACACGGCCUCGCUGUGUCGCAUCGGCCAGGAGACGGUCCAAGACAUCGUCCUCAGGACCAUGGAGAUCUUCCAGCUCCUCAGGAACAUGCAGCUGCCUAAUGGAGUCACGUACCACCCCAAUACCCACCAGGACCGGCUGGGGAAACUCCAGGAGCACCUACGCAUGCUCUCCGUGCUGUUCCGGAAGCUGCGUCUAGUCUACGACAAGUGCAACGAGAACUGCGCCGGACUGGACUCGAUACCACCCGAGCAACUUAUACCCUUUGUGGAAGAUGACAGCUCCAAACACGAGGACCGCUCAGCUGGCCAGAGCCGCCCCGCCACCGAGGAGAGGAGAGAAAUCCUGGAGGUCAACAAGGUAAUGUGUUGUAUAUCCCGACUAGCAGUAAUGAAACUAGAAUCAUUAAAGUUUUAGUUUCAGGUUUGAGAUUUAUGAGCCGUCAGACUUUUUAAAUGACAUCACAGGAGCUGCGGGGAAAACAUAGGAUAUCAUCUUGAAGAUAAGAAGUAAUAAUUAGGCCUGAGAUCCAUUACGGAUAAGCAAUUUUACUCAACAUCAUUAAACUAAAGCUUAAACGGCCAACUUUCCAUUACUUUGAUAGCAACGAUCUGGGUUCUAAAGACGAGGUUUGUACAAAACAAAAUGAAAGAGGCUCCACUUGAUGAGCUUGAUUGUCUGCUGAUAGAGUUUGUGUAUUUAAACGUGGAAGAGCUGCGUCGGGAGAAAGUUAGAGAAGAAAAUAUCUAAACAGUAGUUUGUAGAGUCUGAUCAAUUUAUCCGUUGGUUGAUAAAAAUCUCUCACACACAGAUCAAUUGUGGCAUUUAUGUUUUGCCAAGAUGUGUCAGCAUGAAAAUUAUUAUUUUACAGAAGAAACAAUGCAAAAAAGAUGUGUAUUUAAGUUAUAAGUUUAUGGUUAAACUCAAAUAUCAAGUCUCAAUCCAUUUCUUCAGUAGAUUUAUCUGUAUCGAAAAUGUUGUACUUAUGAAUAAACAUCUGUACCUGACCGAUAUGCUGUCUGUGCAGGAUGACUCAGGAGAGGCCACUUCUCUCUCUGGCACUGAUGUUGAAAUAGGGACAGACUGAUCUGAUCUGGUUUAAUUGGUAUCACUGCUUCACCAUAGGCAUCAGCCAUAUCAUGACUCAUCCAAAUCUAAUCAUUUCUUUGUCAGUGCUUUCAUCUCAUUUGCACACUGCUCAUAUUGUUUCCUCGAAAGUGUGCAAAGGAUAAUACUCUUAGUUAUAGAACUUGAGAUGUAAUGGCCAGAGACCAGCUGUAGUAUUUACUCUUUUGGGAGUAACGUUUUUUAGGUUUGAGGUAUCUCUGAACUAAAAGCUGAGGCUGUUGAGACAAUGAAUCUGCUCCUAUAAGUACGAGCAUUCGCUGAUGAUGUUAUUCUGUUCAUUGAACUUCGACCUUGAGAGAAAACUGGGUUAGUUUGAUAUCUUUGAUACAGAUGAGAGAUUUCACCAGUCAAAGCGAUUCCCAGACACAAUCACCAUAUCUGUCCAUUAGG